AUGGCCAGAAGGGAGAAAACGGAGAAGAACGGCGACUGGGCUGCUGGAGAACCAAAAGCCAUCCUCAAUAUGAUGCCAACGACGUACAUUUCCAUAUUCCUACUAUUUAGUAUCAUUAUUUCCAGCUUGUGCGUAUUGGAGGGAUUAGAUUAUCAACAAUGGCCUGAGGCCUUUCGUAACUUUAGUAAUACAAAAUGUCUACGAACUCCUAACAAUUGCACACUUCACGGACUGUGGCCCGACAACGACAUUGGGAACUCGAGUAAUCGUGUCGACGCACCUUUCCAUAAUAUUACGGAUCAAAAUUUGAUUCCAACAUUAGAUCAUCUCAAGCUGGUUCAACGAUGGCCUUGGGCCUUUUGUUUCUUAUAUAGUGGAUGUCAACGAACUCCUAACAAUUUCACACUUCACGGACUGUGGCCCGACAACUACUUUGUGCAUUUGAGUAAUUGUGCCGGCGCAGCUUUCCAAGAUAUUACGGAUCAAAUUUUGAUUUCAAGAUUAGAAUCUAGUUGGCCUGAUCUACUUGAGCUAGAUUGUAAAGGAGCACGUGGCCAGUCAUUUUGGGGGCAGCAAUGGGAAAAACACGGCACAUGCUCUACUACACCAAACGAUUAUGAGGCCUACUUCAAUUUGGCUGUAGAUUUGAAGAAUAAGCACGACAUUUUACAGACACUCCGACAAAGCGAAAUUUGGCCUGGGGAUUAUUAUCACAUCGAUAGUAUCAAUUCAUCCAUUGCUAGAGCUACAGGAAGCCAGAUUCAGAUAAAAUGCGGUAAAAUACCUUUCCAUACACCAGUGUUGUCUGAGAUUAUCAUAUGUUAUGACCCUGAAGGAACUACCGUAAUUGAUUGUCCUCCCGUGCCAAAAAAAGGUCCAUGUUGGGAAGAGGAGGGUCUAGUUAAAUUUCUACUAGACUAG